AUGGAAGGCAUACUGAGAAAAGAGUGCGACAAUUUCAACACAUUUUCACAACAGCACAACAGCAAUUUCACUUAUAAUAACAACACCAACAACAACAUAAACAACGACAAUGACGUCAACAACGACCAAAGCAUUAGCCUAGACUACACGGAUAGCAACGGUGACGUCAUCAACAUCGACAGCUAUAGAAACACCUUCAUCUUCAUCCUCGUCAUCAUAUCGCAUGGGGCCAAAAAUCAUAUAUACGGCACGGACGGUUACGGCGAUAAAAAUUUAAUCUCAAUAGAAACAAUUCAAGGAAUUUUUUCUUCAACAAGUUGUCCGGCAUUGGCUUAUAAACCCAAACCCUCUUACCCAAGCCACGAGGCAACCAAUAACGUUAAUUGGAGAGCCCCAAAGUUAAACCCGGAAGUGAAAGUCAAGCGCUUACUGUCCAACAAACCGAUAGAAACUGACCAGGGCAAGGUCAUCCAGCAGCCAGAAGUUCGAAGCACCCUCAACAAAGAACUCUGGUUCCUCUGCUAA